AGAGGGCUCGGUGAAUCCGGACCCGCAACAGAGGCAGAGAUGACCACGUACUUGCUCUAUGAGAGCGCCGCAGGCUAUGCCUUGUUUCUGAAGAAGGAGUUUGAAGAGACCGCAGAGAAUGAAGAGGAGGUGCAGAAUGCCCUGCUCGACGUCAAGAAGUUCGGUAAGAUUAUGGGGUUGCACGCAUGGACGCCGUUCAAGGAUGCCGAGGAUGCCUUGAACCAGGUGAACGCGGUAUCAGCGGGCACACCCACGGAAGAACUCGUGAACUUCUUGGAGAUGAACUUGCCCAAGAAGAAGAAAUCCUACCAGCUUGGGGUCUAUGAUGCCGAGCUUGGCAAGGCUUUGGCCGAGCAGUUUCCCAUCACCCACGGGCAGUCGGUGAAGGAGCUUUUCAGAGGCUGCCGCCUUCACUUCAACCGCCUGGUGAAGGACCUCAGCGAGAACGACCUGGACAAGGCGCGCCUGGGCCUGGGCCACGCCUUCAGCCGCUCGAGGAUGCAGCUGGAUCCCAACCGCCAGGACAAGCCCAUUAUGAACACCAUUGCAUUGCUGGACAACCUCGACAAGAACAUCAACACCUUCGCCAUGCGAGUCCGGGAGUGGUACGCCUGGCACUUCCCGGAGCUCACGAAGAUCGUCACGGACAACAUCGCCUAUGCCAAGGUGAGCCGGGUCAUCCGCGUGAGGGACAACUUCGAAGGAGACAAGGAGGCCCUCAGCGAGGCCGCUGGCUCUGAGGAGGUGGCGGACGAGAUCUUGAAGGCGAUGAAGAUGUCCAUGGGCCAGGACAUCGUGGAAAUGGAUAUGAAGAACAUCGACCACUUUGCAAGCGAGGUGAUCAAGCUUGCUGACAUGCGGAAGACGCUGCAUGAGUACCUCAAGGCCAAGAUGGACCUGGUGGCCCCCAACUUGGGCGCGCUGAUCGGGGAGAUCAUCGGGGCCCGGCUCAUCUCGCACGCAGGGAGCCUCACGAACCUGGCCAAGUACCCCGCGAGCACCGUGCAGAUCUUGGGGGCGGAGAAGGCGCUCUUCAGGGCGAUGAAGACGAAGGGCAACACGCCCAAGUACGGUUUGAUUUUCCACUCCACCUUCAUUGGCCGGGCCCAGCAGAAGAACAAGGGCAGGAUAUCGAGGUACCUGGCCAACAAGUGCUCCCUGGCGAGCCGCAUCGACUGCUUCUCCGAUGAGGCCACCACGGUGUUCGGGGAGAAGCUCAAGGACCAGGUGGAGGAGCGGCUGACCUUCCUCUCGGAGGGCACGACACCCCGGAAGAACUUGGAGGUGAUGCAGGAGGCCAUCAAGGAGGUCACAAAGCAGCGCAAGAAGAAGGCCAAGAAGGCUGCGGCGGCGAAGGCGGCAGAGGAAGCGGGGGAGGUGUUGGAAGAGGGCGCGGUGCCGAAGAAGAAGAAGCGUGUGCAAGAGGAGGUUGCGGAGGAGGCCGUGGAGGAGGAGGCGCCGAGGAAGAAAAAGAAGAAGGCCGCUGCGUGAUGCGAAACUUGCGGCGGGUAUUGUACAAAGGGUAGCGAUCAGCUUUCGAGAAGGGCGAAAUCCGCCGGCGAAAUCGUC